CUCAGACGCGGUGCAGCUUGGCUUUCUGGGCUUUGGGGUGAACCUGUAGAGAGGCUUCAUGCUCAGUGCCCACUCCUUCCCUAUUUGCUCCCCCUCUUCUACCGGUGCGGGCAAUGCUACUGAAGCUGGUUCGAGCAAAGGGUGGGGACGUCUGCACUCAGGGACCUGCCUGUCGUGUGUGGGAGGUGAAGGGAGUGGGGAAGGCCAGGGCCAGAUCCUGCAGCGCUUCCCAGAGAAGGACUGGGAAGACAACCCGUUCCCCCAGGGCAUCGAGCUGUUUUGUCAGCCCAGCGGGUGGCAGCUGUGUCCCGAGAGGAACCCACCCACCUUCUUCGUUGCUGUCCUCACUGACAUCAACUCUGAGCGGCACUACUGCGCCUGCUUGACCUUCUGGGAGCCGGCAGAGCCCACACAGGAAGCCGUGUGCACUGAGGACGCCACCGAGCGGGAGGAGGAGGUGGACGAGGGGGGCCCUGCACAACUGUCACCUGCGACACCUGGCCCGCCUGGCCAGCUGUUCGCACCGAAGACACUGGUGCUGGUGUCUCGACUGGACCACGCGGAGGUGUUCAGGAACAGCCUGGGCCUCAUUUACACCAUCCACGUGGAGGGCCUGAACGUGGGCCUGGAGAAUGUGAUCGGGAACCUGCUCACGUGCGUCAUCCCCCUGGCUGGGGGCUCCCAGAGAACCAUCUCUUUGGGGGCUGGUGACCGGCAGGUCAUCCAGACCCCACUCGCCGACUCGUUGCCCGUCAGCCGCUGCAGUGUUGCCCUGCUCUUCCGCCAGCUGGGCAUCACCAACGUGCUGUCGCUGUUCUGCGCUGCGCUCACGGAGCACAAGGUGCUCUUCCUGUCCCGAAGCUACCAGCGGCUCUCAGACGCCUGCCGGGGCCUCCUGGCGCUGCUGUUCCCUCUCCGAUACAGCUUCACCUACGUGCCCAUCCUGCCGGCCCAGCUCCUGGAGGUCCUCAGCACCCCCACGCCCUUCAUCAUCGGUGUCAACGCGGCCUUCCAGGCGGAGACCCAAGAGCUGCUGGACGUGAUCAUUGCUGAUCUCGACGGAGGGACGGUGACGGUCCCGGAGUGUGUGCACAUCCCGCCCCUGCCGGAGCCGCUGCAGAGUCAGACUCACAGUGUGUUGAGCAUGGUCCUGGAUCCGGAGCUGGAGUUGGCGGAUCUUGCCUUCCCACCGCCUUCGACGAACGCUUCCUCCCUGAAGAUGCAGGACAAGGAGCUGCGUGCCGUCUUCCUGCGGCUCUUCGCUCAGCUGCUGCAGGGCUACCGCUGGUGUCUGCACAUGGUCCGCAUCCACCCGGAGCCCGUCAUCCGCUUUCAUAAGGCAGCCUUCCUGGGCCAGCGUGGGCUGGUGGAGGACGACUUCCUGAUGAAGGUGCUGGAGGGCAUGGCCUUUGCAGGCUUCGUGUCGGAGCGUGGGGUCCCUUACCGAGCCACGGACCUGUUCGACGAGCUGGUGGCCCAUGAGGUGGCGCGGAUGCGGGCAGAUGAGAACCACCCCCAGCGCGUCCUGCGUCACGUCAGAGAACUGGCAGAGCAGCUUUACAAGAACGAGAACCCGUACCCCGCCGUGGCUAUGCACAAGGUGCAGCGGCCCGGGGAGGCCAGCCACCUGCGGCGGGCGCCCCGCCCCUUCCCCCGGCUGGACGACGGCGUGGUGCAGUGGAUCGUGGACCAGGCGGCAGCCAAGAUGCAGGGCGCGCCCCCGGCCGUGAAGGCUGAGAGGAGGACCACUGUGCCCUCGGGGCCCCCCAUGACCGCCAUCCUGGAGCGGAGCGGCGGGCUCCACGGCAGCAGCGCGCGCCGGCUGGAGGUGGUUCGAAACUGCAUCUCCUACGUGUUUGAGGGGAAGAUGCUUGAGGCCAAGAAGCUGCUCCCAGCUGUGCUGAGGGCCCUGAAGGGGCGCGCGGCCCGCCGUUGCCUCACGCAGGAGCUGCACCUGCACGUGCAGCAGAACCGGGCAGUGCUGGACCACCAACAGUUCGACUUCAUUGUCCGCAUCAUGAACUGCUGCCUGCAGGACUGCACCUCCCUGGACGAGCACGGCAUCGCGGCUGCUCUGCUGCCCCUGGUCACGGCCUUCUGCCGGAAGCUGAGCCCAGGAGUGACCCAGUUUGCGUACAGCUGCGUCCAAGAGCAUGUGGUGUGGAGCACGCCGCAGUUCUGGGAGGCCAUGUUCUACGGGGACGUGCAGACCCACAUCCGCGCCCUCUACCUGGAGCCUGCUGAGGACCGGGACCACGUGCAGGCGGGGGAUGUGUCGGCGCCAGAGGACGAGCGUUCUGCCCUGGACGUGGCAUCUGAGCAGCGGCGCCUGUGGCCGACCCUGAGCCGCGAGAAGCAGCAGGAGCUGGUGCAGAAGGAGGAGAGCACAGUGUUCAGCCAGGCCAUCCACUACGCCAACCGCAUGAGCUACCUGCUCCUGCCCCUGGACAGCAGCCGCAGCCGCCUCCUGCGGGAGCGCGCAGGGCUGGGCGACCUCGAGAGCGCCAGCAACAGCCUGGUCACCAACAGCAUGGCCGGCAGCGUGGCAGAGAGCUACGACACGGAGAGUGGCUUCGAGGACGCAGAGACCUGCGAUGUGGCCGGGGCCGUGGUCCGCUUCAUUAACCGCUUUGUGGACAAGGUCUGCACAGAGAGUGGGGUCACCAGCGACCACCUCAAGGGGCUGCAUGUCAUGGUGCCAGACAUUGUCCAGAUGCACAUCGAGACUCUGGAGGCUGUGCACCGGGAGAGCAAGAGGCUGCCCCCCAUCCAGAAGCCCAAACUGCUGCGGCCACGCCUGCUGCCCGGCGAGGAAUGCGUGCUGGACGGCCUGCGCGUCUACCUGCUGCCAGAUGGCCGUGAGGAGGGGGCGGGGGGCAGCGGGGGCGGCCCCGCACUGCUCCCAGCUGAGGGCGCCGUCUUCCUUACCACGUACCGGGUGAUCUUCACGGGGAUGCCCACCGACCCCCUGGUCGGGGAACAGGUGGUCGUGCGUUCCUUCCCGGUGGCCGCGCUGACCAAGGAGAAGCGCAUCAGCGUGCAGACGCCUGUGGACCAACUCCUGCAGGACGGGCUGCAGCUGCGCUCCUGCACGUUCCAGUUGCUGAGGAUGGCCUUUGACGAGGAGGUGGGGUCCGACAGCGCCGAGCUCUUCCGAAAGCAGCUGCACAAGCUGCGGUACCCGCCGGACAUCAGGGGCACCUUCGCCUUCACCCUGGGCUCCACGCAUGCGCCCGGCCGGCCACCCCGCGCCACCAAGGACAAGGGCCCUUCCCUCAAGACCCUGUCCCGGAAUCUCGUGAAGAACGCCAAGAAAACCAUCGGGCGGCAGUACGUCACCCGGAAGAAGUACAGCCCUCCCAGCUGGGAGCACCGGGGCCAGCCUCCUCCUGAGGACCAGGAGGAUGAGAUCUCAGUGUCGGAGGAGCUGGAGCCCAGCACGCUGACCCCUUCCUCGGCCCUGAAGCCCUCCGAUCGCAUGACCAUGAGCAGCCUGGUGGAGCGGGCCUGCUGCCGGGACUACCAGCGCCUGGGGCUGGGCACGCUGAGCAGCAGCCUGAGCCGCGCCAAGUCCGAGCCCUUCCGCAUCUCCCCGGUCAACCGCAUGUACGCCAUCUGUCGCAGCUACCCGGGGCUGCUGAUCGUCCCGCAGAGCGUUCAGGACAACGCCCUGCAGCGCGUCUCCCGCUGCUACCGCCAGAACCGCUUCCCCGUGGUGUGCUGGCGCAGCGGGCGCUCCAAGGCCGUGCUGCUGCGCUCCGGUGGCCUGCACGGCAAGGGCGUCGUCGGCCUCUUCAAGGCCCAGAACGCGCCUUCCCCAGGCCAGUCCCAGGCAGACUCCAGCAGCCUAGAGCAGGAGAAGUACCUGCAGGCCGUGGUGAGCUCCAUGCCCCGCUUCGCGGACGCGUCCGGGCGGAACACGCUCAGCGGCUUCUCCUCCGCCCACGUGGGCGGCCACGUGCCCAGCCCCAGAGCCAGGGUCACCACGCUGUCCAACCCCAUGGCGGCCUCGGCCUCCAGACGGACCGCUCCCCGAGGGAAAUGGAGCAGUGUCCGGGCCAGUGGGCGCAGCGGCGGGCUUGGCGUUGAUGUGGGCUCCCGGCUGGCAGGCAGAGACAUGCUGAGCCCGCCCCAGGCUAACGGGGCCCCCCCUGACCCAGGCUUCUUGCAGCCCCAGCGCGCAGCCCUCUACAUCAUUGGGGACAAAGCCCAGCUCAAGGGCGUGCGGCCGGACCCUCUGCAGCAGUGGGAGCUGGUGCCCAUCGAGGUGUUUGAGGCACGGCAGGUGAAGGCCAGCUUCAAAAAGCUGCUGAAGGCGUGUGUCCCGGGCUGCCCUGCCUCUGAGCCCGGCCCUGCCUCCUUCCUGCGCUCGCUGGAGGACUCAGAGUGGCUGAUCCAGAUCCACAAGCUGCUGCAGGUGUCGGUGCUGGUGGUGGAGCUGCUGGACUCGGGCUCGUCCGUCCUGGUGAGCCUGGAGGACGGCUGGGACAUCACCACCCAGGUGGUGUCUCUGGUGCAGCUGCUGUCUGACCCUUUCUACCGCACGCUGGAGGGCUUCCGGCUGCUGGUGGAGAAGGAGUGGCUGUCCUUUGGCCAUCGCUUCAGCCACCGCGGGGCCCACACGCUGGCCGGGCAGAGCAGCGGCUUCACGCCGGUCUUCCUGCAGUUCCUGGACUGUGUGCACCAGGUCCACCUGCAGUUCCCCAUGGAGUUCGAGUUCAGCCCCUUCUACCUCAAGUUCCUUGGCUACCACCACGCGUCCCGCCGCUUCCGGACCUUUCUGCUCGACUCGGACUAUGAGCGCAUUGAGCUGGGUAGGGGGCAGGGCCGGGCUUGGGGCAGGGCUGGGCGGCGGGGCCGGGCCUGGAGGGUGGCGGGGCUCAGCACUCCGCCCGCAGGGCUCCUGUACGAGGAGAAGGGGGAGCGCCGGGGCCAGCAGGCGUGCCGGUCCGUGUGGGAGUACGUGGACCGACUGAGCAAGAGGACGCCCGUGUUCUACAACUACAUGUACGCGCCCGAGGACACGGAGGUCCUGCGGCCCUACAGCAACGUGUCCAACCUGAAGCUGUGGGACUUCUACACCGAGGAGACGCUGGCCGAGGGUCCCCCCUACGACUGGGAGCUGGCCCAGGGGCCCCCCGAGCCCCCAGAGGAAGAGCGGCCUGAGGGGGGCGCGCCCCAGAGCAGGCGCCGGGCGGUGUGGCCGUGCUAUGACAGCCGCCCCCGCGCCCAGCCGGACGCCAUCUCUCGCCUGCUGGAGGAGCUGCAGCGGUUGGAGACGGAGCUGGGGCGACCCCCGGAGCGUUGGAAGGACACCUGGGAUCGGGUGAAGGCAGCACAGCGCGUGGAGGCCCGGGCAGAUGGACGUGGCACCCCCAGCUCCCUGCUGGUGUCUAGCGUGCCCCACCACCGCCGCUCGCUAGGUGUGUACCUGCAGGAGGGGCCUGUGGGCUCCACUCUGAGCCUCAGCCUGGACAGCGACCAGAGCAGUGGCUCAACAGCGUCCAGCUCCCGGCAGGCAGCACGCCGCAGCACCAGCACCUUGUACAGCCAGUUCCAGACGGCCGAGAGCGAGAACAGGUCGUACGAGGGCACGCUGUACAAGAAGGGGGCCUUCAUGAAGCCCUGGAAGGCCCGCUGGUUCGUGCUGGACAAGACCAAGCACCAGCUGCGCUACUACGACCACCGUGUGGAUACGGAAUGCAAGGGCGUCAUCGACCUGGCCGAAGUGGAGGCCGUGGCCCCCGGCACUCCCACCAUGGGUGCCCCCAAGACCGUGGAUGAGAAGGCCUUCUUUGACGUGAAGACGACGCGUCGCGUUUACAACUUCUGUGCCCAGGACGUGCCCUCAGCCCAGCAGUGGGUGGACCAGAUCCAGAGCUGCCUGUCGGACGCCUGAGCCCAGCUCUGCUCCCGCUGCUCUGCGUCCAGUCGUUGGAGACCACUAGGGGUGGGCAGGGCCCCCCGGCCAUGUUUACAGCCCCCACCCUCGACAGUAUUGAGGUCCCACCCCCCCUUCUGUGUACAGCCCCUGCCAGCUCCCACGCCCUGCCCACCCCCGCCCGCCCGGCCAGCUGUAACUUAUUU